CCUUCAGCUCAAGAAAGCCUGCCAAAGCUGGAAAUAGCACAAAGCUAUCCCGUUGAUUUUUCAAUCUGUGCUGGAAGAGUCACUCUUGAGAAGAAGCAGAGAAGAGGGGAAUGAAAUGCUACCCGUGGACUUUGAGACUCUGUCUUUUAUCCCUACUUGAACUGGAAAUCACCCCGACCAGAUCGUAUCUUUGCACUAGCCAGGGUGAUAAGCCUUGAACCGUCAGACGCCUCUAUGGAUUCCCAAACGCGCAGAGGGGAAGAAGUGGCAGAACAUGAUAAAGAGGACGCUCUCAUUAGGCGCUUGCAGGAGUCCUUAGAUGCUCACCCGGAUGAUGCCUCGCUUCGUCUUGAAAUGGGCAUAUUUUUGUGGGAAAAAGGAACAGCGAAGGAAACCAUGGAAAAUGCUGCCGAACAUUUUCUGAUAUCGGCCAAGCUGAACCCUGAGAAUGGAGACGCUUUCAAAUUUCUGGGCCAUUAUUAUCGCUGCGUUUCCGGCAAUGCUCAAAGAGCGCUUAAGUGUUAUCAGAGAGCUGUUGCGCUCAAUCCCGAUGAUUCUGACUCUGGGGAAGCUUUCUGCAAUUUGCUUGACGACGGAGGAAAAGAGAAUUUGGAGGUGGCAAUAUGCCGCGAAGCUUCUGAAAAGUCACCCAAGGCUUUCUGGGCUUUCCGCAGACUGGGUUACUUGCAGGUGUAUCAAGAGAAAUGGACUGAGGCCGUGCAGAGUCUUCAGCAUGCCCUACGAGGCUAUCCUACGUGUGCUGAUUUGUGGGAAGCUUUGGGUCUUGCUUAUCAGCGAUUAGGCAGGUUUACUGCAGCUAUUAAGUCUUAUGGCCGUUCCCUGGAAUUGGAUAAUACUCGUGUCUUUGCUUUGGUUGAAAGUGGAAAUAUCUUUUUGACUCUUGGCACAUUUGAAAAGGGAGUUGAUCACUUUCGACAAGCUUUAGAGAUCUCACCCCAUUGUGUGUCUGCACAAUAUGGACUUGCAUUUGGGCUGCUCGGGUUUGGAAAAAACUGCAUUAAUCGUGGAGCUUAUCGGUGGGGAGCUUCAAUAUUAAAGGAGGCAUCUCAGUUUGCUAGGACAUGUACAUAUAUUGUUAAAAAUAUCUCAUGUAUUUGGACACUGCAUGCUGAUAUUCAGCUUGCAUACGCAAAAUGUUUUCCUUGGAUUAAUGAGGCUCAAGAGUUGGAAUCUGAUGAGGAGGGUUUCAAGGCUUCCAUCUUGUCAUGGAAGAAGACUUGCUCUUUUGCUGCAAGAGAUGCCAGAGUUUCAUAUCAACGGGCCUUGCAUUUGGCUCCAUGGCAAGCUAACAUCUAUGCAGACAUUGCAUUAAGUUCAUAUCUUAUUUCCUCACUGGACAAUGGUCACAAACAAGACUUAAAUGCAUGGAAGCUGUCAGAGAAGAUGUCUAUGGGGGCCCUGCUGCUUGAAAGUGACAAUUAUGAGUUCUGGGUGGCAUUGGCACAUGUGUCUGAUCAUAGUGCCCUAAAGCAACAUGCUUUAAUUAGAGGAUUACAGUUGAAUGUAUCUGCAGCUAUUUCCUGGGGAUAUCUGGGGAAGCUUUAUAGAAAAGAGGGUGAAAAGCUAUUGGCAAGGCAAAUAUUUGAUCGUGCUAGAAGCAUUGAUCCUGGCCUUUCUCUGCCCUGGGCAAGCAUGUCAGCUGAGUGUCACACAAGGGAGCUUGCAGCAGCUGAGGGAUUUGAGAGCUGUUUGCGAGCUGCACAAAUAAUGCCUUUAGCUGAAUUCCAAAUUGGCCUCACCAAGCUUGCCUUACGCACUGGUCAUCUUUCAUCUUCACAGGUCUUUGGAGCUAUUCAGCAGGCUGUGCAGCGUGCACCUCAAUAUCCUGAAUCCCAUAAUUUAAAUGGGUUGGUAUUUGAGGCUCGAAAAGACUAUCAGUCUGCUGCUGCUUCUUAUAGAUUGGCACGCCAUGCAAUGAACACUAGCUCAUGUAAUGUUCCAAACUCACAGAUCAGGGAUGUAUCAAUCAAUUUGCUGAGGGCACUUUCUAAGGCAGGGAAUACAGCUGAUGCUUUGCAAGAAUGUGAACAUUUGAAGAAAGAAGGUUCAGGGGCGCUUGAUGUUGAAGGUUUGCAAGUAUACAUUCUCUCUCUGUGGCAACUUGGUGAAAAUGAUAUGGCCCUUUCUGUAGCUAGAAGUCUUGCUGCAGGUCUUUCUCGUAUGGAGAAGACGUGUGUGGCAACAUCCAUUUGUUUCAUCUGUAGAUUAUUGUACUCGCUAUGUGGGUUGGAUGCAGUGAUCGCUAUGAUUGUGAAAAUGCCCAAAGAGUUAUUUCUAAGUGCAAAAGCCAGUUUUGUGUUGUCAGCUAUUCAUGCUCUUGAUGGACACAAUGACCAUCUUGGAUCUGUUGUCUCAAGUAGUCGAUCUUUUCUCACAUCUCAUGAAGAAAUUGCCAGGAUGCACUUCCUAGUUGUGCUUGGUAAAUUGGUGAAAAAUGGAUCUGAAUGCUUCCUUGGAGUUCAGAGUGGAGUUAUGCACCUUAGGAAAGCUCUGCACAUGUUCCCCAACAGUAAUCUUCUGAGGAAUUUACUUGGUUAUCUCUUGCUAUCCUGUAAAGAGAGAAACAAUUGUCACACAGCUCUGAGGUGUUGCAAAUUGGACCAUCCCGACCUUCCAAAUCAAGAAGGUUUUAAAUCAGCAUCAGAUAUUCAUGGUGCUGGAGCAAUUGCUUGCUACGCCAUUGGAAACAACAAUUCAAAGCUGACUUUUCCAACUUGCACAAAGCAGUAUCAUACUCAUCCGAAAUCUAUCAGAUACCGGCAGAAAUGCUUUCAUCAAAAACCAUGGAACCACAAUGCUCGGUACUUGCUUGUUCUUAACUACCUUCAGAGGGCACGUGAAGAGAACUUUCCUCAUCAUCUUUGUGUUAUAAUUAAUCGUCUAAUUUUUGUGGCUCUUUCUAAUGAACUAUAUUGUAAGGCAGAAAUGUCUUGCCAAUAUCAACAGUUCCAACUUCUACUCUGUGCUUCUGAGAUUAGCUUACGAUGUGGGGACCAGGUUACCUGUAUCACCCAUGCUAAAAAGGCUGCUGAAAUUGUACUUGCUGAUGAUUACUUAUUUUUUGCACACCUAAUGUUGUGUCGUGCUUAUGCCAUGAAAGGUGAUCUUCUAAAUCUCCAGAAAGAGUACACAAGGUGCUUGGAGCUCAGAACAGAUUGUCUUAUUGGCUGGAUUUGUCUCAAACUAGUGGAAUCUCGAUAUGAGCUGAAAAUCAAUUCAAAUGCUAUAGACUUGAACUUUGAAGAGAGUGUCAAGAAGGGUGGAAAUUUAUGGAAAAUGUGGAUGGCUGUAUAUAACCUCGUGAGAGGUUUAAUUUCCUUGCAGAAUGGGGAUUUACUCUCAGCAGAAGAGCUUGUGGCACAGGCUUGUUUGUUGGUGGAUUCUGAAAGCUGCCUGUAUUUAUGUCAUGGUGCUAUCUGUAUGGGGCUUGGCAGGCAGUGCUAUGGCUCUUUGUAUUUAUCCCAGGCUGCUAAGAGCCUUGCCAAAGUUUAUGAACAUUCAAUAAGUCCCUUGCCUCUUGCUAGACUAUUGCUGGCUCAAGCAGAAGCUAGUCUUGGUUCUAAAGAGAACUGGGUCAGAAACCUCGGCUUUGAAUGGCAUUCAUGGCCCCCAGAACUGAGACCUGCUGAGCUCUUCUUUCAAAUGCAUCUGCUUGCAAGACAGUCGACAGUUGGGUCUGACACUCAAUCCAGCGGAAGGUCAUUCAAGAGUCUUCAACAAUGGGUUCUUCAAGCUAUUCACACAAACCCUUCCUGCAUGAGAUAUUGGAGGGUUUUGGUAAAGCUUACAGGAUGUGAGUAAUCAUCGCCAUAUGUAGACUGGAAAGGAGUUUGUCAUCCUAUGCUCACUGAUUACUGCAGUCGAUUUGGGACAGGAAAUUAAGGGCACAGGAGAAAAGAGUAUAAAAAUCAAACGCCUAGAGCAACCUGAUGUUUUGUUUUGGCCUAGGCUAGUACAAGAACAUUAAUUUGAUGCUUAUUUAUCCAAGCUAGGUGUGAUUGAUAUUGUUAACAUAGGAAUGUUUAUAAUCCAGAAUAGUGUCAUCGUACUGCAUUGUAAAUAUGACAUUGUGCCGCACGGUCCCCCCCCCCCCCC